AUGGAUAAACAUGGAUUUAUUGCCACUAUUUUCAUUUUAUCAAUUGUUUCAAGCACCGGUAAUGCAUCUUUAAUAUUUAAUCUCCGGAGAUUAAUCACUGGCGCUACAAACGACACUUCCACAAUUUUACAGGUUUCGCCCGUUGGAAGUCCUGUCAGUGGUCCUGUAAAUGCCGGGAAGUCUGAGAAAGAUAAGCACAAGGAAUCCGAGGUUAGCAAUAAGAGCAAUAAUUCUUUAACUCUUGAUUCGAAGGACUCCAAGAAAAAUGACAAUGAUAUUGAUAAUAAUAAAAACAACACGGGUACCACAAGCCAACCAGAUGGUGCAAAGAAGGGUAAGUUGGACGAUAAAGGGAAGGGGAAGGUGGACAAUUCCACGAAAACACAGUUAGGUGGUAAUGACACUUGUGAGAGAUCACUGAGGAACUGCAGAGGCAAGGGGAUGAUUGGCUGCAUUUUAGCCUCCGAAAAUGGGUCCAAAGAACUGUUCCUUUUGGUGCAAAAUGAAGGGGAAAGCAAUUUGAAAGUUAACGUUAAUUUUCCUAAUUCUAUGGAAAGUGGAUUGCCGGCUUUUGAAGUAGCUAAACACCAAACUAAAAAGAUUGAUAUCUCUUCAACCCCGGGCAAAAGCAGCAAAAUAAUAUUAAGUUCUGGAAACGGGAAUUGUGUGCUUGACAUGGCUAGUUCUGUUUCUGUAGAGAACUUUCUCCGGCAGUUUUCUUUCUAUUCUAGACAGGUGACACCUAUCUAUGUUGCAUUCUUCUUCUUUCUACUGGCUUUGCUUUGUGGAGGGACAUGGGCUUGCUGCAAGUUAAAGAAGAGAAGAAGGCAUGAUGGAAUUCCGUAUAAGGAACUUGAAAUGGGCUUGCCAGAAUCCACUUCAGCUGUCAACGUGGAGACAUCAGAAGGUUGGGAUCAGGAUUGGGAUGAUGAUGAUUGGGACGAGGAUAGUGCAGUAAAAUCACCUGGAGGGCACAACAUUAGGAGCAUCUCUGCAAAUGGCCUCACUUCAAGGUCUUCUAAGAAAGAUGGGUGGGAUAAUGACUGGGAUGAUUAG